GCAUAACCUUGAGAGUGGUCAUUGCUCCAGCGGCUGCGACCCAUCGCCCGUAGCUGCUGCGUUAAGACGGUGCUGGGAAAUGUGAUGAGGAAGCUGGAGAGGAGUUCAGCGUCCCGGGUUCUGUAGCCUUCACCCAGCCAAGCGCUUGUCUCCCUUAAAAUUCCUUUUUUCACUCAAAGCACAGAUCAAUGCUGCGAAGCUCCUGUGCAGAUUGGCCUGAACCUGCACAGCCCAGGGGAGAGAAGUGGAGAACCGAUGUUGGCUCCAUGGGAAAAGCCUGCGGCGAGAGGGCUACACGGUGCAGGUGAACGUGAACGACUAUCUGGAUAUCUACUGUCCGCACUACAACAGCUCCGGGCCCGGCGGCGGGGCGGAGCAGUACGUGCUGUACAUGGUGAACCUGAGCGGCUACCGCACUUGCAACGCGAGCCAAGGCUCCAAGCGCUGGGAAUGCAACCGGCAGCACGCCUCGCACAGCCCCAUCAAGUUCUCCGAGAAGUUCCAGCGCUACAGCGCCUUCUCGCUGGGAUAUGAAUUCCACGCCGGCCAAGAAUACUACUAUAUCUCCACGCCCACUCACAACCUGCACUGGAAGUGUCUGAGGAUGAAGGUGUUCGUCUGCUGCGCCUCCACAUCGCACUCCGGGGAGAAGCCGGUCCCCACUCUCCCCCAGUUCACCAUGGGCCCCAAUGUGAAGAUCAACGUGUUGGAAGACUUUGAGGGCGAGAGUCCCCAGGUGCCCAAGCUUGAGAAGAGCAUCAGCGGGACCAGCCCCAAGCGGGAACACCUGCCUCUGGCCGUGGGCAUCGCCUUCUUCCUUAUGACACUCUUGGCCUCCUAGCCCUGCCCCUUCCUAUGGCAGAGAGAGGUGGGGGCGGGGCUGAAAAGGAGCAGGGAGUCGGCUGUGGGGCCUACAUCCUUCUCCCCAUGGUUGGGAGUGGGGUCUGCACUGUACAUCUAUCUAUCUGUGCCUGCCUCUUUGCCCACUCUCUCCAGGACAGGCACUGUAGCGGGUCAGUCACAGGGACAGCCGCAGGUCCCGGGCGGCCUGUGGCUUCGGUAAUGUUUGGUACCAAACCUGGGGGGCUUUAAAAGGCAGUGCUCUGGACUCCCUGCCCCCUGGUACCUUUCCCCGACCCUCGGUGCCCCUCCCUCUUUGUCCCCCAAGAGGCACAUAUGCCCCAGAGAGAACAAACGAAGCCUGGGAGGUGCCCCCUGUCACUCUCCUGGGGGGGGCGGGGCAGAACACGGGGAGGGGACUAGAUGGGUGAGGGGCGGAGCCUCAGGCUCCCUCUUCCCCUGUUUACAGCAAUAAGCAUGUCCUCCUCCUCCCACUCCCACACAGAGGACUGUGGUUUGGAUUGAAUCCAAGUUUACAAAUAGACACCCCUGGGGGGAGCAGGCAGUGGACAGGGGUGGGCAUUGGGGUGCCAGACAGGCAUGUACAGACACUAUAUCUCUAUAUAUAAUGUACAGACAGACAGAGUCCCUUCCCUUCCUUAACCUUGACCUUUCUUGACUCCUCCUUCCAGAUUCAGACCCCUCCCCACCAGGUUAGGCCCCCUCGGGACCCCCCUGGCCCCUCUUUUGUCUUCUGUGAAGACAGGACCUAUGCAACGCACAGACACUUUUGGAGACCGUAACAACAAUGCCCCGUCCCUUCCCGCUCUGAGCUGGGAACCAACUCCUAGGACCUCGCCCUGCCCGCCCUGUGGUCCCCACCCAUCCCGGGCCUUUUUCAAGUGCUUUGCUGUGACUUUCAUACUCUGCUCUUAGUCUAAAAAAAAUAAACUGGAGAUAAAAAUAA